GAAUUAGAAGAAAAAGACACUUUUGCCCUAGUCUCGUCUUCUCCUUCAGUCUCUCUCAGUCCUUCUCCCAGUAUUCAUAGGCCCGGCGGCGCCACCUCUCUGCCUCCUCUACUUCGCCAUCUCUCUCUCUGAUACUCGCUCACUCCAUUCUCUUGACCAGUUAUUCUUUUCCUUUCUAAUCGUUUUAAAUCACCGGAGAAAGACCAUGGAGAUAGACAGAGAUGAUGGCCGUACCGCCAACCAGUUGAGACCACUUGCUUGUUCUUGCAAUGUUCUUAAUCGUGCUCAUGGCUCCGCCAGUUGGUCUCAAGGCGACACGAAAAUUCUCGCUGCAGUCUAUGGACCUAAAGCAGGAACAAAGAAGAAUGAAAAUCCUGAAAAGGCUUCAAUUGAGGUUAUAUGGAAACCGAAAACAGGGCAAAUUGGAAAACUGGAAAGGGAGUGUGAGAUGAUAUUGAAGAGGACAUUGCAGAGUAUUUGCAUAUUAACUAUAAAUCCCAAUACCACGACAUCUAUUGUAGUUCAGGUUAUUCAUGAUGAUGGAGCUCUUCUUCCUUGUGCAAUUAAUGCAUCAUGUGCUGCCUUAGUAGAUGCUGGAAUUCCCUUAAAGCAUCUUGCUGUUGCAAUUUCUUGUUGUUUGUCUGAGAGUGGAUAUGUUAUUUUGGAUCCAACCAAGCUAGAGGAGCAGAAAAUGAAGGCAUCAGUACAUUUGGUCUUUCCGAACUCACCUGUCUCAGUAAUUCCUGAAGGAUCUACCCAAGUUGCAGGCGAACCUCUGGAGAAUGGAAUAAUAACAUCUUUAACUCAGGGUGCAAUGUCAGUGGAUGAUUAUAUUCACUGUCUGGAACGAGGGCGUGCUGCAACAGCAAAAAUGUCAGCUUUUUUGAGGAGAAGCUUGCAGCCUCAACUCCCAACGGAUUCCUCAAAAGUCGGGUGAUUGGAUCCAAGUCCUUGCCUAUGAAUUGUGCUCCACGACAUAAUCUGGCUUGGGAAGGUAUCGUCUGUUGUAUGAUUUAUUUUUAUGUAAUCUCAAAUCCAUACUAAUUGGGUCUUUCAGAGCUGUAAACCGGGCAUUAAUUUAAAUGAUGAUAAAGAGUUCUCAGUGGAUUUGAUUGAUGCA